GCCUUUCCCUUUUCUUCCCCUUCCCCCUCUCGUGCCUCUGCUGCCUUCACACUUUGCCAGACCACCACCCCAACCGCGACAAGCGCCGAUACCGGCGACCCCCGCCUCGCCUCGCCUCCCGCCGAUCGUCCCGAGAUUUGUUGAUCAAACCAUGGAAGGGUUGUUCAAGUUGAAUCCAAAUGCCAGUCCUUUCAUACCUGGAUCCCUGAGUUCAUUUGCAGUUGCAGACAAGGCCCAAGAAAACCAAGACAAGGCCCUUGAAAACCAAGCAGAGUCAUCAUCAAAGGGUGAAACUUCUGGUGACACUUUUGAUCCUUCGAAGUAUGAGGAAAAUGACAUGGAUCCAGUUGCUCUAGCCAAUAUGGUCUUUUCAAUGUUCCCAAAUGUCUCCACAGAUUUCAUUGAUGAGUUACUCAAGGCAAAUGAUUUUGACAUAAAUCUGACUGUUGAUAUGCUUGACGAGCUGAGCUCACAAGAUAUGCUUCAUGAUGAUGCUGAAGAUAUCAAUGACCUGCAUGAUGGCCAGGGCCUACCUGGUGACGAUUACCACCAUGCUGAAGUGUCUGAGAGUAGCAGCAACCCCAAUCAAGAUCUGCAGAAUGAGAAGUCGGCAACAACUUCUGAUGUGAAAUCUGUCCUGCCAAAGUUCUUGAAUAUCAAUUUGCUUGACAAUGACCUGGGCCUGCCCAAUGAUGAUAAGUCAGCGGGGGCUUCAGCUACAAAGUGAUCUUCAUGUCGAGACGCACUGUUUGAUCUCAAUUACUGCAUUCUGAUGUACAUAUUAGUUGCACCCAGAAGUGUGGCUUGGAGGACAAAGCGGUGGAAGCAAUGUUUCCAUUCCCGUUGGCUGGAUUAGCUUGAUGUUUCUGGUGGUUAUCCUGAGUUUCAAAUCCCUUGCUCAGCUCUUUUGGACUUGGUAGUUAGAUAUUUCUGGUGGUUAUGCUGCGUUUUACAUCCCUUGGUUGGCUCAUGAAGACCGAGUAAUACCUGGUGGUUAUCCUGAUUUUUACAUCUCUUGGUUGGCUCUUUCGGGUUCGGUACUCUUAAGACAGUUCCAACCCUGCAGGUUAUGCUGCGACAGCUCUGGUGUGUGUGAUAUUCUGGGAGUGUUAUCCAUACUGUUUGUGGUGCUGUUUACUAGAUUACCGGUCGUAUAUGAAUACUAGCUUUUGUCAGAUAAUGCCUACUUUCAGUCGUUUUACA